CGAAAGAUUUCAAUUUUUGUUGCCUCUUUGCUUCUGAAGAUAAAAUAAACUGAUAACCCAGAGUUCAUGAUUAAUUAACGAGAGAUGGCGUUUUUCAAUUGUAAAAUGAAUUAAAGUCAAGCGUACCCGACAGCCUAAUCCAAAACUGAAUCUGUUACACUUAAACAUCUUUAUUAUGAUUUUGAACUGUAAGCUUUAUUACAAUUUUGUGAUUUAAUUUAAGUUUGUGCAUUGCCCAUGGAUUCAUUAGAAACUGAUGAUCAAUUCAUAAUAGUGAAUCGAUCUAGGGAACAUCGGAUUAGUAAAAAAGUAAUUCGUAAAGUGCCUUAUUUUGAAAAGUUGUUAAGCCAUGAAUGUUUGGAAUCAAAGGAAAACAAAGUUGAACUGGAUUUCGAUGAAAAAGCUUUAAUAUUGUUUCUUAAGUGGGUUGCUUUCGAUUAUUUGUUAAUCGAAAUGAAGAAUGUAAUAAGCCUUUACAACAUGAUUGAUUAUUUUGGUGUGGACAGUAAUCUUAUCCAGGAUUGUGCUACUUAUUUUCGUGAUAAUUUUUCAAUCAGUCACCUGCCAGUUGUGAUUUCACAAGUCACUCCAACAUCUCAAUGCAUCAACUCUGGUGCUCUCGAUGCUUUCAUCUGUCGCCAUUUCUUGAAGAUUGCAAAAUCAAAAGCUUGGUUAAACUAUCCUAUUGAAACCAUUGAGUAUAUUUGUGCCUUGGAUCUAGUGAUUCAUUCAGAAAUGCAAGUUUUCAAUGCGAUCAUGAGAUGGAUCGAUUACGAGGCUGAAUCCAGCAAGAUCCAUCUUGAAAGAUUAUUGAAGUUAAUCCGAUGGUGCCAUUUGAGUCGUAAAGAUUUGUCUAAGAUAAAGGAAAACGAUUGCGUCAAGUCUUCCAACUUUGAACCGAUAUUUUGCACGCCUGUUCAAUGCAAUGGUUAUUGCACCUUAAACCGAAUCAAUCAAUAUUAUUAUGUCCUGAUCGAGGAACUGGAUGGUACAGAUUUGCAAAUCAAAGUGCUGACCAAAAAUUUUAUGCCAUUUAUCAAACGAGUCAUUAAACUAGAUGAAUCAAUGCCUUUGAAUCUUCUGCACAAUGACCAUGUUUGUGAUAUAGUUUUUGAUUCGGGAAGGAAGAUGAUUCGUGUUGAUUGGAAUCAAAAUAAGUACCGAUUGAUUGGUUUGGAGGAACUCAAAUCUCAUACUUUUAAAAUCCGUAAAUGUAUACCUGAAAAGAAAUAUGACGAACUCUAUGAUUUGCAUGUGAACCUUAGCCGUUAUUAUCCUCAAGGUUCACUUCUUGACCUAAAUGGAGAGUUUCUUUUGAUUUCUACUAAUAGUGAGAAAAUGUUUUGCUGUCUUUCACCAAGUGAUGCAAGGAUUGAAAGAUUCUACCAUGGUUCUCAUUGCGAAUAUCUGGCAACUGUUUUGGAUAAUAAAAUUUACAUUAUGACUUCCAGUCAUGAAUUAUUCGAGUUCAACAUUGACAGUGGAAAGACCCAGAAAUUCACGCGUAAAGGUGAAGCGGAAUUUCGUGAUUUAUUUUUAAUUUCCAAGCCAGAGCAGGAUAAAAUUAUGUUGAUAGACAAAUCCAAAGAAAUUGUUGACUGUUUCAAUGUCAGGACUAAAGAAUGGAGUCCAUUUGGUAUUAUGGUCAAUAACUUUACCUCUACUGGUAAUCAAAGGAAGCUCAACAAGCUGUUAACUUUUACCUCUGCCUUUUUACCGAUAAACACUAUUAGAUCUUGCAUAAAGCGUGAGCGCAAACCAGUGGAAUAAUGAUGAUUUUGCUAAUUUCAUCGAAAAAUAAUUAAACUGAAUUGUGAAUGCAUUUAAUUCAAUCAUCUUCUGCUACAAAGAAGUUCUCAUAUUCAUUAAACUUAUC